AAUCUAUGUGGUCUAAAAUAUGUGGAUAAAGUUUCAAUUGUGUCAAUUCUUUUACACUAUAAAAGUCCUUCACAACACUCACUUUACAUUUGAUACAAGACAUUGAAGAACUAUCCCAAAAACUUCAAAAAAAAAAAAAAAAAAAAAGAAAAAGAAAAGAGAAAAAAGAAAAAAAGAAAAAAAAGAGGUUGGAGGGGUCUUGAAAGGAUGGAUUUGAAAUUCAAGUUUGUUCAUUUUGCUGUUGUGGUGUUAUUUCUAGUACAACUUGGUGAAUCUCAAAAUGCAACUUUUGAUAUAACAAAAUAUGGUGCUAAAAGUGAUGCUGAUAUUAGUGAGGCUUUGUUGAGUGCUUUUAAAGAGGCAUGUCAAUCAACUAGCCCUAGCACCAUUGUGAUCCCAAAAGGAACAUUCCAAAUGAACCAAGUGAAACUAGAAGGCCCAUGCAAAGGUCCUCUUGAACUUCAAAUCCAAGCUACUUUGAAAGCUCCUUCAGACCCUAACCAACUCAAGACUGGUGAAUGGUUAACAAUCAACAAACUUGAUGGGUUCACCAUGUCUGGUGGUGGGACACUUGAUGGUCAAGGUAAAGCUGCAUGGGAAUGCAAGGAGUCCAAAAAGUGCACCAAGCUUCCCAAUAACUUGAGCUUCAACUCUCUCACAAAUUCCAUAAUCAAGGAUAUAACCACAUUGGACAGCAAAUCAUUCCAUGUGAAUGUGAACCAAUGCAAAAACUUAACAUUCCUCCACUUCAAUGUCAAGGCUCCAGGCGAUAGCCCUAACACUGAUGGCAUCCAUAUCUCAAGGUCGAGCUCUGUGAAUGUCACUGAGUCUACUUUCUCUACUGGAGAUGAUUGUAUCUCUGUUGGCGAUCAAACAGAACAACUUUCCAUCACUAAGGUCACUUGUGGACCUGGACAUGGCAUUAGUGUUGGUAGUCUUGGUGGAAAUCCUGAUGAAAAGCCAGUGGUUGGUGUGAUUGUUAAGAAUUGCACUUUCAUUAGCACUGAUAAUGGUGUUAGGAUUAAGACAUGGCCUGCUUCUCACCCUGGUGUUGUCUCUGAUAUACAUUUUGAGGAUAUCAUUGUGCAAAAUGUUAGCAACCCUAUUUUCAUUGAUCAAGUUUAUUGCCCAAGUGGCAAAUGCAACAAAAAUUUGCCUUCACAAGUGAAGAUCAGCAAUGUGACUAUCCAAAACAUAAAGGGUACAUCAAGAACUCAAAAUGCAGUAUCACUACUUUGUAGUAAAGGUGCACCAUGUGAGGGUGUUGAAGUUGGAGACAUUGACAUUACUUAUAGUGGAAAAGAAGGACCAGCAACAUCAAAGUGUGAGAAUAUUAAGCCAAAUUUAAAGGGAAAGCAAAGUCCAAACGUUUGCUCUUCUGCUGGUGCUCCUGCUCCUGCUCCUGCUCCUGCUCGUGCUGCUUCUUCGUCUUCUUAAUUAGUUAAUCUUAGUACCUUUUAAAGCGCUAAAUUUAUGAUUUGUUAAACGGAAAAUAAAUUUGACGAAAAAAGUUAAGAGGUUGAAAUAUCUACUGAGCUUACAAGCAUGUCAAAUCAAAUAGAAAAUGGAUGAUUUAAUGUCUC